AUGAGUGACUUUGAAAGUUGGAAAUCACAGAAUUUCGGGCAGAUUGACAGUCUGGCCAAACUAGAGAAUAUAAGAGCCGUAUUUUCUAAAAUUUCUCCAUUAUUUGCAUCGCUCUAUAAAAAUCAAGAUAAACCCGACGAAUAUCUGAAUGAUAUUUCAGCAGUAUUAGCAAAAGUUUUUCCAAAUGAUACAAUCCCAAGCGUAUCCGAUGUUAAUGCAUUCACAAAAUUCUUAUUUGACAAGCAGGAAGUAUUAAAUGCAAAAUCUAUUGAUGGUAUCAAAAACAUCUUCCAAUAUGUUGAUGUUGAAUGUCAGAUCUUUAGGCCUAUCUGGGAAUUUGCUGAAGUUGUUAACGAUCCACACUUAUUUUUGAAAGUUUUAAGUAAUGCUUUCCAAAGACCUCAAAGCUCCCCAAUGAAGUUCAACAUACAAGUCGUUGAAAUGUUAUUCGACCACUAUUGCCCAAUGCUUGAGCCAACAAACGUAGAUAACGAACAAACGUACGUUUCCAGGAUUGAGCUUAUUAACGCGUUAAUCAACAUCUCUGAGAUCCUUACUAAGUGCGAUGAUGUUGAAAACACCAAAAUUGUCUCUCUUUUAAGAACAAUUACAAGAAUAUCCAGAAGAUGCAAAGGAUUCAUUUCUAUUGAAGCAUUUCGUCUUGCUACAUCAUUGUUCAAGACACACGUUAUGAAACUAUCGCCAAAAAUACAAGCAGACGAAUUAAUGAAAUUUACUUGCGGAUAUCCAAGAAAUCAUCCACUCCAUAUGCCAGCUAUAAGAUUCGGUAUCGCUAUGCAUCCAGAAGCAUUCGGUUUCGUUUCGCUAGCAAAGAAUAUUAUUAAUGCCGGAAUUAUUGACCAAAAUGAUGUUUCUAUCAUAUCCAGAAUUCUUCAGUUAAAGUAUGUGAAGAAUCCUACCGACGUUUUUAGCACUUUAUACAAGGUUUUCAUUGACAACAAGAUUUUAGCAAGUUCAGUAAGAGUAACAGUCAUGAAGGCAUUUCCAAAGUACGAAUCAAUCUUAGAACUCAAGAAUAAUACAAAACAAUUCAUUAACAGAAUGAUUGAAUUCAUAUCUUUCGCAUUAAAGAUCAAAAAGUACAAUCAUCGUAUACAGCGCUGUGUAGAAAUGCUCACUGAUUUCUAUAAUCUCGAUAUUGCUUGGCUUCAUACGUUUAUUGACGAAAGUUGCGCAAAUGGAUUUGAAUAUGGCGGAAUUCCACGCGAAACAUUAGCUUUCUGCACAGGAAACGCCACACCAGAUGAAAAGAUGAAGGAGGUCUACUCAAUUGACGUAAAGAAUGUUAAUGUCAAAGAAUAUAUCGAAAAAGGUUCAGCAGCAGUUCAAAAACCAGAACCAACAGGAUCUAAACCGAACUCAGCUCGCAGAGGAACAUCGAAGAAGCCAACAAUUGCUGAAGUUAAAGCAAUGUACAGACAAAAAAUGGCACAAGGAAAAUUCACACCUGCAAAUGACAGGUCCCUUUUAAAAGCUGCUGCUUGUGCUUGUAAAAAUUCUAGUGAUGAGGAAGAAAGCGAAGAUUCUACAAGAGAUUAA